AUCUUCAAUCUCGACCUGAGCUCUUGGGUUGUCAGAUCCAACCUUGCAGCUUGAAUCCAGAAUCGAGGAUCGAAAAACCCUCACCUACUUGACAUCACCUACCUGCUCUGAAUUAAUUACACCUCCAAGAAGCGGGGCCUCUUCUUCAGCCUAAGCAUGGCCAAUGGAGGGGAUGAGAUGCUGGAGAUGGCAGCUCUCGGACGACCCUUCCAGCUGGGAAUGCUGUAUGACUGCCGGAAGGAUCGCCUCAUUCCAGGAAUUACAUUGUGGAACCUAGAAGAACUACAAGGCAGCAUAAGUAAAAAAAAACAGUCUAAAACCGAGUUCAGCAUCACUACCUCAGACUCCAUUGAAGACAAGACUUCUGCUUUGAAAGUGGAAGGUUCCCUGAAGGCAAGUCUCCUGGUAGGUUUGGUUAAAGUGGGUGGAGCUGCAAACUACUACAACGACACAAGGAAAUCAGCAAGACAAUCCCGAGUCACUCUGCAGUACUACACAACGACAACAUUUGAGAAUCUGACCAUGAAUCACCUGGCCAAAGGGAAAGUGUCUCACCCCAGCGUGUUUGAAGACAACACUGCUACCCACGUGGUCACCGCUGUGCUGUACGGAGCUCAGGCAUAUUUCGUAUUUGACCAGGAGGUAUCCUUAGAGGGGAAGCAAUGCGAUAUCCGAGGAGAGAUGGAGCUUGCAAUAAGUCAAAUACCAACAUUUCCAAUCAAAGGUAAAGGCUCUGUUGACUUUAAAGAAAAAGAAUUAGCUGAAGUUGAAAAAUUCAAAUGUACAUUUUAUGGAGAUUUUCAUCUCGAAUCUAACCCGUCGAAUUACCAAGAUGCUGUGAAAGCCUACUCAACUCUUCCGCAAUUGCUCGGGGACAAUGGAGAGAACGCAGUGCCUGUGAAGGUCUGGCUGUACCCGUUAAUCAAACUGGAUUCCAGGGCUGCCAGGCUUGAAAGGAACAUAAGUGACUCCUUGGUAACAUCUGCCUACGCCAUUGUGGAGCAGUUAAAUGCAGCUGAAAUGCGAAGCAAUGACAUCUUAAAAGGUAUUGUUGCCCAAAAGUUUCCUGAAGUCAGUGAGAAGAUUGAACAACUGAAAAAAAGGUGCACAGAGUACAAGCUGAAUUUCCAGAGCGAACUGUCCACCAUGCUGCCUUCCAUCCGCGGAGGUAAGAAAGAUGAAAAACCACUUAUAGACAUUUUAAACAAUCAUGAAGAGUCCCCUUUUAAACCAAAAGCUCUAAAUGCGUGGCUGGAAAGCAAAGAACGAGAAAUCAGAGUAGUGAGGUCUUUCCUUGAUCAGUUAAAAGACAUACCAGUUGUUUCUUCCAUAAACAAGCUUGAACAAGAGGUGUUAGACCACAUGAAUGAAAAUAUUGUUUGCUUCACCUUCACCUCGCUUUACCAACCUGAACCAUACCUUCUAGAUCUGAAGAACUACCUUCAAACCCCACUGAGCAAAAACCCUCCAAGCUUCACAUAUGAAGACAGCAAGCUAUGGGCAUGCACUGAAAAUAUCCAGAAGAUAAGAAUGGCUUUGAAUGUAUUCCAGGAGAUAGUGGACCGCAACAGGGAGAAUAAGAAAACAAAGUUCUUCAUAGCUUCUAAGGAAGACCAGGAGUUUCCUGGAGCCUGCAUUCUCCUGUAUGAAAAUAGACAAUUCGAAAGCACCUAUUUCAAGACUCCAUCAAAACCUGACGUCCCUGAGGUCUGUGGUGUCACCCAUGACAGUAUAACUCUGAAAGUGGUGCCUCCCAGUAGUGAUGCUGAUCAGAAACUAAAAUACCAGCUGGAGUAUAAGUGCAUUAAUGAGAUAGAAUGGGCAAUUCAAUCUGGCACCGAUAAAUCAGAGACCUUCACUGUAUCCGGCUUGCAGCCGGACACAGAGUAUCAAUUUAGAUACACAGUGGAAGGGAAGUUGUGGUAUACCGUGACCAGUGACACAACCUGCAAAGUCAAGACAAGAAGUCCACCUGAACAAAACACAGGUGGACUGCUGUCUUCAUUCAGAAAUGUGAUGUUACCUGGAGUUCCAUCCCGAAAUACAUUAAAGAAAAGAGUGAAUAAAAAUGAAGUUGACAAUCCGCAGGCUCCAAAGCAAAAGAACAGAGCUAAGUUUAUAAAAUAUUCCUGUAAACUCACAAUGGACCCCAACACAGUGCAUAGAAACCUCUGUCUGUCUGAAGGGAACAGAAAGGUGAACCUGAGGAGUGAGACCAAGCCAUAUCCUGAUCACCCAGAUAGAUUUGACAGCUAUCUCCAAGUGCUUUGCAGAGAGGGUUUGUCUAAAACUCGCUGUUACUGGGAGAUUGAGUUGAGUGGGGGAGGGGCUCUUAUAGGAGUCACAUAUAAAGGAAUCAGCAGGAAAGGAGAGCAUCAUUCUUGUAUCCUUGGAUACAAUGACAAGUCCUGGAGUUUGCAUUGCUGUGGUUCCAGUUACACUGCAUGGCACAAUAACAAUGAAACUACAAUAACUGCCCCCUGCUCCUCCAGAAUAGGAGUGCAUCUGGACUUUAAUGCCGGUACUCUGUCAUUUUAUAGAGUCUCCGACAAAAGCUCCCUCCUUUACAAAUUCAAAACCACAUUCACUGAGCCGCUCUAUCCUGGGUUUUGUAUUAGGCAUGAUUCCACUGUAACAAUCUGCCAGCUGAACUAAACUGUUUUGUGUUGUAAGAAAACCUUUGUAUUGGACUCCGUCUGUCCUCUCCACUCCUCGGGUGAAGGGAAUGUUCAAUCUGACACAACUUUGUAUGAUAGUUAUGGGGUAAAAUGGCGCCACCUGCAGAGUGAAACAAAUUGAAUUAUUUGUUAUUACACUUGGGGCCGAGGCAGCCUCAUUUUUACUGUUUAAUCUCUGUUAGGUUAUUGUUUUUGUAAUUGUAAACACUCACAACUGGACAGGUGUUUCAGCAUAAAAUGUUCGAUAUGUACUGAUUAUUUAUUGGUUAUAAAUACAUAAGUAUCUCUUAAGGUGAUUGUAGCUAACUAAAUAAUUCCAGAAUGUGUUCCUAUAUUGAAAUUGGCUACAUAGGUCUCAAAUGUGCAGGCUUGAAAAACAUGAUGGGCAAGAUUCUCAGAAAACCAUGUUCUUCUUUCAAAUGAGAUUUUGUCUUUCAAAUGGAUAUUUAUAGAUAUUUAUAGUAUCUAGCUGAACUAUUUGGGAUUUAGAUACAUCUGGUAAAUCUAUAAAUCCUGGGGCUUCAUACAUACCUUUAUGCAGGCAACCAAUAGGUACAAGAUGCCUUUUCCUCGUGUUAUUAUUAUAAUUUUGUUUAUUUUCGGAUUUCUGAAAUGGUUGGAUAAUUAACCUAACGAGCAUUUAAUUAGAUGCAUCGGGUCUACUCGUCAGGCAGUUCAAAGUUUCAAUAUUAUAAUGUUUUGCUUAUUUUAACAAUAAUGUAAGUGAAAUAUCAUCACAAGAAAAAAAAAAAACAUUUCCAUGGAUAACGAAAAUCAAAAUCAAAUUGCAUUACAUGUGCAAUCUGCCCACAGUGGAAAAGCAGAAGCAUGUUUCAAGCCUGGCCUUUGUCGCCCUCUUCAGGACAAACUCUGCAUCUGCGCAGAGCCUGAUUAAAAGCAAUUCUUUUCACUUGGUGUGGUUCCAUUGGAAAUGUAGGGCCCUAUUCACACAACCUUAAGGACUGUUCCAAGCACUGUUUUAUUAAGACUCUUUAUUUUAAAAAAAAUGGUGAUUUAAAUCAAGUUAAAUCAAGUUGUUUAGAGAGAGUGAGAAGUUUAUUGUUUAUUAAUUUUAUUGUUUAUUAUUAUUAUUCAAUGCACCGUUUCAGGUCAACAAUCUUUAUAAUCAAGUUUUAAAUUAAAACCAAAACAUGUAUUUAAAGAAACAACAUUUUCAUAACCUUUUUUUUACGUUUCUGUACUUCAAUGAAUUCAAACCUUUUUUUCAUGUACUUUUUCUUUAAAUGUUUUGUAAAGUUUUAAUUUUCAAUAAAUGUUUUUUGAACCUA